UAACGAGGUUACAAUGCAUAACAAAGUACGGAGAAUGUCCCGCAAAUGUCCCGCGCUAACCUAUAAUGGAUACUAGCUCCUCCCACAGCUUACUUAGCGCCAAUUCGCAAAGAACACUUUUCAUAAAUCGCGAAAGCUCCUUCCUUCUCUCCUCUUCUAUUCUUCUUUCUUUCCCCAACCUCAAGCCUUUUAAAGCUUUAUUGAAAAACUUUUCAACAUCUUUUUCAUACCGUACAAUUAUCAUGUCGGCAAUGGAUGUAUUCUGGGCAGCUCCGCCCAUUUCAAGGUAUGCGCAAUGCCAUCUGCGAAAGAUGCGCCAAUCUUUAAAUACUGAUGCUGAUGAUAGUUUAGGACUUUGGCUGCUGGUGCCUUAACUCUUUCAAUUUUAGUCUACACUCAUAUUCUUGCUGGGUAUCAUGUUGUAUUUUUGCUACAGAACAUAUUACAGUUCCCGCCACAAUUAUGGCGACUACUCACUCCAUUUCUCAUCACUGGCCCGGAUUUGGGUAUUCUCUUCGACACAUACUUUCGUAAGACUCGAAAGAUCGCAAUACAAUCAGGAUAGAUUGGCUUACAAGGAAACAAUAGUAUACACUUAUGGAAGCAAGCUUGAAACAGCUUCGCCUAGAUUCUCUCAACCAGGAGAUUUCUUGACAUAUGUAUUGUUUGUUUGUGCGACGAUCUUGGUAGGCAUUAUUUUCUUCUUCUUUUUCUUCAUACCCCACCUCUAUACUGCCCGUUUAGUGCAACGCUCUCAGCUACAACGGUUCCUAAAACGAGGAAGAUUACCCUUACAUUCUCAAUUGGUCCGACAUUCGCAAAACAACAAAUAGGAUCAGUUGAGGUGUAGGCAUGGUGGGAAGUUCCUAUGAGAAAACUCGUGUUGAUUCCUCAACUUAACUCGGGUGGUUGUGGCUCCCUACAUUUCAAGUCAUUAUCUUUGAGAUGUUAAAUACUUGGUGUUUCUAUUUCAAGAGAUACCUUGUAAAAUCUCAUCUAACAAAUGCACAGGGACUGAAUGUGUUCAUAACUGGCGGAGUGGUCUUUACUUCGGCAUUGGUAUUAGCUUUCGCAUACACAUCGACACAAGAUGAUCGUGGCAUGAAAGCUACCUUUUUCGUCGUUACUAUUCCAGCACCAUGGAUUCCAUAUGCCAUGCUUCUAAUGACAUUUGUGAUGGGUGGUGGUGCUGGUGCUGCCAAAAUUCAAGCUACUGGAUUGGUUGCCGCACAUUUACAUGAUUUCUUGACAAGACUUUGGCCUACUUUUGGUGGGGGGAGGAAUCUUAUUCCAACCCCAGGCUUCAUCAGGAGAGCUUUUGAAACAACUCAAACUACCACUACUCAAAGAGCUUAUGGUACUGCUGUCGCACCAGCACAACGAUCUCCAGGUACGGGCUCUACUUCUGGUUCAUCUGGAAGUGUUCUACCUGAAUCAUGGAAGAGUCGUGGAUCAGGACAUAGAUUAGGAGGAGAUUGAUUGAUUUGGAAUGAAUCAUCACACUGUACCAUAGAUAGUUUCAUGCGUUGGUGUUUGGUGUUAUUAAAUUGAAGUAAUAAUUUUUAGCUCUUGCGGAAUCUUUUUAUAUAUUUGUGUUUCUUGCUGCAUUUGCC